AUGGCCGAGUCAGCCGACCACAAGGAACUGUUAGAAUCUAGUCAAGAAGAGGCUGGUAAUAAGGUAAUGAUGGAGGGACCCGGGGAACAACCGGAGCGCAGUGAAGAUGUCGCAGCUGGGCCUGGAGAUGAUAAAGUGCACGGUGAGGAAGCCGCCGCAGGGCCUGGGGAAGAAGGGGAGAAAGGUGAAGAUGCUGCUGCUAGGUCCGGGGAAGGCGGGGUAAAAGAUGAAGAUACUGAUGAGGAUUCAGACACAGACCGUCCAAAAGGACUUAUUGGUUAUCUUUUAGAUACAGACUUUGUUGAAAGUCUGCCUUUGAAAGUUAAGUACCGUGUGUUAGCCCUCAAAAAACUUCAAACUAGAGUGGCCAAUCUGGAAUCCAAAUUUCUGAGGGAAUUUCAUGGCAUUGAAAGGAAGUUUGCUGAAAUGUAUCAACCGUUAUUGGAAAAAAGACGUCAGAUCAUAAAUGCAAUCUAUGAACCUACAAAAGAGGAAUGUGAAUAUAAGUCAGACUCUGAGGACUACUAUGAUGAGAUGUAUGAUGAGGAAGAAAUGGAUGGUAAUGAGGAGGGUCUGGUACAUGAGUAUAUGGAUGAGGAUGAUGGUUGUGAAGGAGAUUAUUAUGAUUAUGCUGUCGAGGAGGAUGAUGAUGAUGACGAUGACGAGGAUACUGAUGACGACAUCGAGGCUACCGGAGAAGAGAAUAAAGAAGAACAGGAUCCUAAAGGAAUUCCUAAUUUUUGGCUGACUGUAUUAAAAAACGUUGACACACUCACUCCUUUGAUUAAGAAAUAUGAUGAGCCUAUUCUGAAGCUCCUGACAGAUAUUAAAGUGAAACUUUCAGAUCCUGGCGAGCCUCUCAGUUUCACGCUAGAAUUUCACUUCAAGCCCAAUGAAUAUUUCAAAAAUGAGCUGUUAACAAAAACUUAUGUGCUGAAGUCAAGGCUGGCGUAUUAUGAUCCCCAUCCCUAUAGGGGAACUGCAAUUGAGUAUUGCAUAGGCUGUGAGAUAGAUUGGAAUGAAGGUAAGAAUGUCACUUUGAAAACCAUCAGGAAGAAGCAGAAACACCGGAUCUGGGGGACAAUCCGAACUGUAACUGAAGAUUUUCCCAAGGAUUCGUUCUUCAAUUUCUUUACUCCUCAUGGAAUCAACUCAAAUGGAAAGGAUGGAAAUGAUGAUUUUUUACUUGGUCACAAUUUACGUACUUACAUAAUACCAAGAUCAGUGUUGUUUUUCUCAGGUGAUGCACUUGAAUCUCAGCAGGAGGGGGUAGUUAGGGAAGUUAAUGAUGCAAUUUAUGACAAAAUUAUUUAUGAUAAUUGGAUGGCUGCAAUUGAGGAGGUUAAAGCUUGUUGCAAAAAUCUUGAGGGAAUAGUAGAAGAUGUUGAUCGCUAA